AUGCUGCUGACUGCUUGCAAGGCAUCUUUUUGGGGUCCAUAUUGCCAAGGGAUCCCUGUGCCCAUCAACACCACGGCAUUUAUUCCCUACCCAGCUUUCAGCAAACGCUUGCAAAGGCUGAAAACCUCACUCGGUGCUCCACCACCUCCGGAGGUUAUUGUGGAGUACUGUGAAGAGGAGGACUUUUUGAACGAGUUCAUCAAACUAGCGGACGAGGUUGAAGACAUGUAUCCAGCCGUAAUUGUUCUUGGGAAUCCUGAAGGGACGGAAGCACGCAAAGGAGCGUUUGAGGUUUCUUUGGGAGGCAAAGUCUUGUUCUCCAAGCUGGAGAGCGGCAGGAUUCCAGAGACUCAAGAAGUGCUGGAUGCGCUUCAGCCAGAGCUCGAUAACUCUUAAUUCUUAGUGCGACUUUACAAACGCGUUGUUUCACUAACGGGGGGACGACUAACAGUAGGGAAUCGAGAAACUAGAUAAGAGGGCCCGUAUUGCUCGUGUUGCUCGUGGCGGACUGCUAGGCGGAGUUGAUUCUUUUAUGACGUCGGCGGCAAAAAGCAUGUCAUGCAGGUCGCAGGACUGAUCUCAGAUCUCGCUCCAAGUCUGGUAGAUGAAGCUCGAGUUGGAGGCCGGUUUGCCUCACUUGGAGAGACGAAGUUGACACCAUGCAACCUGGUCGAUAUAGUCAUCCUAGGCCAUCCGCGGCCAUGAUUGUUGAUAAGUCUGAUCGAAGGUUUCGUUUAUUCGAGAUCAAGUUAUCAUACACAGAGCGCGGACAGGAUAUUGCCAUGCAGUGUGUACUCCUCCCAACCUGUGUACUUCGAUCCCAACCUUGCGUAAUCUUGGUACUCG